AUGGAAGCGUCGACACGACUGGAAAACCGACCCGAAAAGAAUAGCAAAGCCAUAGAUGCACUGGAAAAAGACGAGACUGAACUGCGCUUGGAGAAAGCGCUGUUUGGAGACGAUGCAGGCUUUCUGGAUUCGUUGAAGCGGAAUGAAGUACGUGAGGACAAAGCAUUGAUCCGACGAGAACGAAAGGAGUACGAGGAAGAAUUUUCGGACGCAGAGGACGACGAAGAAGAAGAAGAAGGAGCAAAAGGCUUCAACGAUGUAGCGGAUGGAGACUUAUUCUUCGUUGACGUCGGAACCGGAGACCUUCCACCCUCAAUUGUCAAAGAUCUUGAGCCAAGUGCACAGCAGCUGGGGUUUUUUUCGAGAGAACCCGCAUGGUACGACAGCGACGACGACCGAAUCAGGGUCUCGCUAGCGUCGAACACCCGAUUGCGCAAACUGCGGGAUACAAAAGACGACGACCUUGUCACGGGGAGAGAGUACAUUCAACGGUUACGUCGACAAUACGAGAGACUGCACCCGACACCUGAAUGGGUGACAUAUGCGAGGAAGAAGAGGAAAUUAGCGCACACAACCAACACUGAGCGAGAAAAUGAGGAGUCUGAUUCUGAUGUAUGCAUGGAUGACGGCGAAGAACCCCUUCUCUCAGCGCAACCGCUAGCCGAGCUUCUUCGCACAUCCGGAUCUUUGGUACGGACCACAGAACAGUCGACGAAACCGGGUUCGAAGGGUGUGCGAAAACUUCGAACCGAAGUCGUCGAUAUCCAGCGAUGCCAAGACGUAGCCGGCCCAGGGCCCUCGGCCAUCGACACUCUGCAAUUCCAUCCUGAUUACCCUUUACUCCUCUCCGCCGGCCCCAGCUCUACAAUCACACUCUACCACGUCUCGCCUCAAUCGCCUCAUCCCAAUCCGAUACUCACCUCGCUACAUGUGAAAGGCACCCCUCUCCAUACGGUUGCGUUCUGUCGACCACGGCCACAGCACGUUCACCGGGAAAAACAAAAUGACAAUGAAACCGAUAGUCACGACCAGACGCGUAUAUUCCUCUCUUCCCGCCGUCGAUAUUUCCACACCUGGUCCCUCUCCACAGGCACCGUGACGAAAGUAACACGUGCCCUCUACGGACCAGCUCGCAAGGAACAACGAACAAUGGAGUCCUUCAAGAUUUCCCCCUGCGGUCGAUACAUGGGUCUCAUCGGCUCGUCGAAGAAAGGCGGCGGGAGCAUCAACGUCCUCUCGACCGAGAGCAUGCAACUAGUUUGCAGCUGUCGGAUCGACUCAAGAGGCGGGGUUGCCGAUUUCGCGUGGUGGCGCGACGGGAAUGGAUUUGCCGUGGUGGGCAAAAAUGGCGAGGUCAGCGAGUAUGAUAUUGAAACAAGACGAGUGAUGGCACGGUGGGUGGAUGAAGGCGCCGUCGGCACCACAGUCAUUGCGUUGGGAGGAGAUAUGGGAUGGGCUAGCCGUGGAAGGAGUCGCUGGGUAGCCAUCGGCUCUUCGAGCGGGAUCGUGAAUCUCUACGACCGCCGAGGAUGGAUCGGCAAGACAGCCGAGGAUGUGAGAGUGGAUCAAAGGCCUAGGCCUGCUCGGGUUUUGGAUCAAUUGACGACGCCGAUUUCACAUCUCGAGUUCUCAGAUGACGGCCAAAUGCUUGUCAUGUCAUCCAAGUGGAAAAAGAAUGCCUUGAGGCUGAUUCAUUUCCCCAGCUGCACCCUCUACAGGAAUUGGCCGACGGACAAAACCCCACUGGGAAGAAUCUCUGCCGUCUCUUUCUCUCCAGGUGGAAGAUAUCUGGCGGUCGCAAACGAACAAGGAAAGAUCAGGCUGUGGGAAAUUCGUGAAUAA